AUGAGACCUUUACUGCCAAAUUUGGGCUCAGUUGCUCGGAGUGCCAACCCCGCCAUCUUCUCUUCAGCGCCGCCCCGACACGUCUCCAGUCACCGAAACUUUCACCCUACACCCGCUGCCUGGAUUCCGCGUCGCCGAAACUUCUUCACUUCCAAUGUUCUCUUGCUGCAGGAUGGCAAAGAGCCCCCCGGCCGCUUCCAGGUCGGCAAGAAAGACGAUGAGGACAACAACACCAACGGCAACAACACAAAUACGAACCUCUCGACCCACAAGAAGCGCAAACCCCCAUUGAAAAACUCACUCCACCGCGUGGCCAUUGUUGCCCAGAAGGGUGCGCCCGCGAAGCCCCCCCUCCGUCCGCUACCGAACCCCAAGGUCGGGGUCCGAGGGGAGCGCCACAAUCAGCCGCCGUACUGCCACUUUGUCGAAAGCAAAGAAGAGGAGGACCUAGAGUUUCUGGUGGACCCCGAGCAGGACCAGAGCCGUGUGACGGGAGACGUGGUCGUGCUAGGCACCCGUCGCGAAGUGGAAGCCGGCGACCGGCUAGAGACAACCCUCGCCAAGAUCGCUUUCUCCUCCGGCCUGGCCCGCAGCACCAAGCUCGCCGUGCUUGAGAGCUCACUCACCCGCUACCUCGAGAGCACGCGGCACAUCCCUGAGCAGCUCUCACAAGGCCUGCACACGCCCCUAACACGCGGCAUGAUCCUGCAAAAAGCCGGCGAGCUGCUCAACCUGCGCAGCCAGCUGAACCACUACAACGACCUAACCGAUGCGCUGCCGGACAUUUUCUGGGACACGGAGGAGAAGCUGGAGACGUACUACGCCAAGAUCGGCAAGGCACUCGACGUCGGCGUGCGCAUCAAGACGCUCAACGACAAGAUGACGUACGCCCAGGAGGUGGUCGGUGUCGCCCAGGGCGUGCUCGACAUCAGCGAGAAGAUGUCGAGCGAGGCCCACAGUACCCGCCUCGAGUGGAUCAUUAUCAUUCUGAUCGCCAUCGAGGUCGCUUUCGAGCUGCGCCGCCUGUAUAUGGAGCGGUAUGAUGUGUUCCAGGACGAGCUGCUCGCCGAGCUGCGCGCGUUGAGGGCCGACAUGCGGCAGGAUGGAAAGCCGAGAGAGGCUGGCUCGAGGUGA